CAUAUAUAUGUGUAAUAUGCACCUUCACGCAAUUUUGUGUGAGUCAAUGUAGGUGUGUAUAUAAAUAAUAAAACGCGGUGAAGUUGGGUGAAGUGUUGUACUCAUAAAAUUUUAAAGAAUUCUGUAAGAACAUAAACGUGUUACGAGGAAAUAGCACUGUUAAAUGUUUGUCUUUUAAUAGAAUUUUCGAAGUACAUGCAGUAGCUACAGCUGAUACGUAAAAAUAACUCGUAUGUUAAAAUGUUGUGAGAGAAAGAAAGUGAAACGUUAUAUGAUAUCGUUUAACACCGAGCUCUUCGUAAUACGCAAACGCUACUAUUUAAAUUAUCGAUUCGUGAGCCUGAAUCUUUGUCUAAAAUAAAAGAGUAGACAUUCCGUGAUAAAGGUUUUCUUUUAUACCGGUAACGGGGAAAUAAACUUCUUCAACGAAUUGGAUGUUGACAAAUGAAAUUCGCCAGGAAAUUAUGAGUGUGAAAAGUAGACGUCCCGGAGUAUAUUUUACAUUGAGACACACUGUUUUUUGACGCAAAUACAAUACGUCAAAACAAUUCGAGGUUGUUAAAGUUCUACAUAUUCUUCAUACUGAUUUAGUUGAUGUUAAAAAUAAAAAAAAAUGAAUGGAUUCAGUACCGGUGAAGAAGAUUCCAGAGGAGCUGCUGAUCAAAUCUGUUGCCUUGUAGAUGAGGGUGAACGAUGCACUCGACCAGCUGGCAACGCUUCUUAUAGCAAACGUAUACAAAAAACUGUAACUCAACGGCGAUUGAAACUUAAUCUCGAUCAAGUGGCACGUCACAUAUAUAUCUGUGAUUAUCAUAAACAAGUAAUACAAUGUGCAAGAUCUAAGCAACAGCAACAACGUAGACGUAAGGACUCAGAAGAAGAUUCUGGUGAAACAGACAAUGACCUUCCCGAGGUUGAUCUUUUUCAGUUACAAGUUGGUACAUUAAGGAGAUACAAGAGGCAUUAUAAAGUUUCUACACGUCCAGGUUUAAAUAAAGCUCAAUUAGCUGAUACCCUUAUGAAGCAUUUCAAGACCAUCCCAGUAGUUGAAAAAGAAGCGUUAAGCUUCUUCAUUUAUACAGUUAAAACCAAUGCCAAUAAAUUAGAUCAAAAGAAUGGUUUAAGUAAUGACACCACCUAGCCUAGGCAUCAUUUCAUGAGUUUUGUUAUUGUAAUCUUUUACUAGUGAGAUCAGAAACGAAUGUAUGGAUUUUUACUUGUUAAUAGACAUAGGUAUUUUGUAAGAUCUAUGUAUAAAAUACACUGAAAAAAAUAUAUGUAUAAUGAAGCACA